AUGGCCCGAGUAGUUACCGUGGGCGCUGAGGUCUGGGUGGUUUGGCUACCAGCGCUUCACGCCUUGGUGGGCCGCCACGGCGCCCACGGUGGCUCGUCACACCUUCACAGGCCGUCGCUGAGGAGAGGAUCUGAGGCAGUGUGGAGAGCAUGGGGAGAGGAGUGCUCGCCUAAAGGCGACGAGAGGGAGGGCCAAGAGAACUAG